GAAAAGGAGAGAGGGAGAGAGAAAAGGGUCUCACCUUCGGUUCAAGGCUGGGUUGUUGCCUCCCGCCGCUGCUGUUUCUGCUUCUGCUCCUGCAGCUGCCGGUUCUGUCAUCAGCUCUGUUUGACUCUGUUUGGGAAUACAGUCCAUUUGGAACUCACUAGCAUGUUGGAGUUUUAAAGGAUGCCAGCCUUUUCAAAGACAGCGAGAGGCUCAGCAUAAACAGGAAAAAGACGCACCGCAGGCGGCUACUUGGAGAGUGUUGAUUGAAAACUUCGAUCUCCCCACCCCAUUCACGGUUGAUUUGACUGAUGUCUCCCCUCAUUCACAGAGAAUAUUUCAAUUAAGGUCCCUUUAGAUGGGAUGUAAUACAGCAGAAGACUUUUCAUCAAAAGGAUUAAUGCCUGCAUUAUCAUUUCUGCAAUAAAACAGAAAGUCAAGUGGUGGAGGCCACAGACACCUCAAACCUGGAUUCCACAAUUCUACAUUAAGUGCUGGAGUUUUUAUUACUCUGCUGUUGGAAAGCCUUUGCCAAUGCUUACAAGGAACUGCUUAUCCCUGCUUCUCUGGGUCCUGUUUGAUGGAGGUCUCCUAACACCCCUACAACCACAGCCACGACAGACUUUAGCCACAGAACCAACAGAAAAUGUUAUCCACCUGCCGGGGCGCUGGCCACAUUUCCAACGAGUUAAACGGGGCUGGGUAUGGAAUCAAUUUUUUGUGCUGGAGGAAUACAUGGGCUCUGAGCCUCAAUAUGUGGGAAAGCUCCAUUCUGACUUAGAUAAAGGAGAGGGCACUGUUAAAUACACCCUCUCGGGAGAUGGCGCUGGCACAGUUUUUACCAUUGAUGAAACUACAGGGGACAUCCAUGCGAUCAGGAGCCUGGACAGAGAAGAAAAACCUUUCUACACACUCCGUGCUCAGGCUGUGGACAUAGAAACCAGGAAGCCCCUGGAGCCUGAAUCAGAAUUCAUCAUCAAAGUACAGGAUAUUAAUGAUAAUGAGCCAAAGUUUUUGGAUGGACCCUACGUUGCUAGUGUCCCAGAAAUGUCUCCUGUGGGUGCAUAUGUGCUCCAGGUCAAGGCCACAGACGCGGAUGACCCGACCUAUGGAAACAGUGCCAGAGUCGUUUAUAGCAUUCUUCAGGGACAACCUUAUUUCUCUAUUGAUCCCAAGACAGGUGUUAUUAGAACAGCUUUGCCAAACAUGGACAGGGAAGUCAAAGAACAAUACCAAGUCCUCAUCCAAGCCAAGGAUAUGGGCGGACAACUAGGAGGGUUAGCUGGAACGACAAUUGUUAACAUCACCCUCACGGAUGUCAAUGACAAUCCACCUCGAUUCCCUAAAAGUAUCUUCCAUCUGAAAGUUCCUGAGUCUUCUCCUAUUGGCUCAGCCAUUGGAAGAAUAAGAGCUGUAGAUCCUGAUUUUGGACAAAAUGCAGAAAUCGAAUACAAUAUCGUUCCAGGAGAUGGGGGGAAUUUGUUUGACAUCGUCACAGAUGAGGAUACGCAAGAAGGAGUCAUCAAAUUGAAAAAGCCAUUGGAUUUUGAAACAAAGAAGGCGUAUACUUUUAAAGUAGAGGCCUCCAACGUUCACCUUGACCACAGAUUUCACUCCGCGGGCCCCUUUAAAGACACGGCCACCGUGAAGAUCAGCGUGCUGGAUGUGGAGGAACCCCCGGUUUUUAGCAAACCGCUCUACACCAUGGAGGUUUACGAAGACACUCCAAUUGGGACCAUCAUCGGUGCUGUCACCGCGCAAGACCUCGAUGUGGGCAGUAGUGCUGUUAGGUACUUCAUAGAUUGGAAGAGUGAUGGGGACAGCUACUUUACAAUAGACGGAACCGAAGGAACCAUUGCCACUAAUGAAUUACUAGACAGAGAAAGCACCGCGCAGUAUAAUUUCUCCAUAAUUGCGAGUAAAGUUAGUAACCCAUUAUUAAGCAGUAAAGUCAACAUAUUGAUUAAUGUCUUAGAUGUCAAUGAAUUUCCUCCAGAAAUAUCUGUGCCAUAUGAGACAGCUGUGUGUGAAAAUGCCAAACCAGGACAGAUAAUUCAGAUAGUCAGCGCUGCAGACCGAGAUCUUUCUCCUGCUGGGCAACGAUUCUCCUUUAGAUUAUCACCUGAAGCUGCCAUCAAACCAAAUUUUACAGUCCGUGACUUCAGAAACAACACAGCUGGAAUUGAAACCCGAAGAAAUGGAUACAGCCGCAGGCAGCAGGAGCUGCAUUUCCUCCCUGUUGUAAUAGAAGACAGCAGCUAUCCUGUGCAGAGCAGUACAAACACAAUGACUAUUCGAGUUUGUAGGUGUGACUCUGAUGGGACCAUCCUGUCUUGUAAUGUGGAAGCAAUUUUUCUACCUGUGGGACUCAGCACUGGGGCUUUGAUUGCAAUCCUACUGUGCAUUGUUAUACUCUUAGCCAUAGUUGUGCUGUACGUAGCUCUGCGAAGGCAGAAGAAGAAAGACACUUUAAUGACCUCCAAAGAAGACAUCAGAGACAACGUUAUCCAUUACGAUGAUGAAGGAGGUGGGGAGGAGGACACCCAGGCUUUCGACAUUGGUGCUCUGAGAAAUCCAAAAGUGAUUGAAGAUAACAAAAUUCGCAGGGAUAUAAAACCAGACUCUCUCUGUUUACCUCGUCAGAGGCCACCGGUGGAAGAUAACACAGACAUACGGGAUUUCAUUAAUCAAAGGCUACAGGAGAAUGAUGUGGACCCAACCGCCCCACCAUACGAUUCAUUGGCAACAUAUGCGUAUGAAGGAAAUGGCUCAGUAGCAGACUCCCUUAGCUCUAUAGACUCUCUCACCACAGAAGCGGACCAAGACUACGACUAUCUGACAGACUGGGGACCCCGUUUUAAAGUCUUGGCAGACAUGUUUGGUGAAGAAGAGAGUUAUAACCCCGAUAAAGUCACUUAGGGCAAAAGUGAAGGAUAAAACACAACCAAAAGGAGACAUUUAAGAAAAAAGAAACAUAAGUAGAAAUCACACACACAC